UCUAGAAAUGAUGGAAUCCAACAGACUGGGCAAGAAGGUGUCCGAUUUUUUGUUUGAGUACAAAACCCCUCGGAUGAUAGCUCUGAGGGACAAGAGGAUCGGGCUCAUUUUCCGACUGAUCCAGCUGGUUGUCCUUGUGUACGUCGUGGGCUGGGUCUUUAUCUACGAGAAGGGCUAUCAGUGCACAGACUCCACCACCAGCUCCGUCUCCGUGAAAGUCAAAGGCUUUGGUUUCACCAACCUCUCUACUGUCGGUCCCAAGGUGCUGGACAUGGUUGACUACACCUUCCCAUCACAGGGAUCGGACUCCUUUGUUAUAAUGACCAACUACAUCAUUACUCCAAAACAGUCCAUGAAGUUCUGUACACAGCAUCACACAUCUGGAGAGUGUGACUCAGACAGCGACUGUCCCACAGGGAAGUUUAGCCGCUAUGGGCAAGGUAUAAUGAAUGGGAAAUGUCUGAACAACUCUGAAGGGGUGAAGACAUGUGAAGUCUUCGGCUGGUGCCCAGCUGAAAAUGACCACCAUCUUCCAAAUCCACCCUUGCUGAUGGCUGCAGAAAAUUUCACCAUUUUCAUCAAGAACUCGGUCACCUUCACAGCCUUUGGCGUUUCAAGGAGGAAUUUAGUGGAAUCAAUAACCAAAGCAUAUCUGCAGAACUGCACCUACCACAAGGUCCAUCAACCCCUAUGUCCUGUGUUUCGUUUGGGAUACAUUGCUGAAGAGAUCAAAGCAAACUUCUCUGCGCUGGCGUACAAAGGAGCUAUGAUCGGCAUUGUGAUAAACUGGGAGUGUGACCUCGACAGGCCUGUGACUCAGUGCACACCGACCUACAGCUUCCACCAGCUCUACCGCAGCUUAACCAAGGACCAGGUGUCAGUGGGCUUCAACUUCAGGUAUGCUAAAUACUAUGUGGAAAAUGGUACUGAGGUGAGAGAUCUCUACAAGGUCUUUGGAAUUCGGUUUGAUGUAAUGGUGCACGGUAAGGCUGGGAAAUUCAACAUCAUUCCAACAAUGACAACUGUCGGCUCUGGGAUUGGUGUGUUUGGGGUGGCGACUAUUGUGUGUGACUUCGUCCUCCUUCGCCUCAUUCCAAAACGCAACUUCUACAAGCAAAAGAAGUUCAAGAACGUGGAAGCGUCACUCUCAGCAGGGAGUGGGAAUUAGACAGGGUCAUUUAGCCACAGCUCCCCAAAUUAUCCAACCCAAGCUCACUUGGGUUACACUUGAAUCAUUGUGGCUGGGGGCUUCAAUAAAACUUACACUUGGUCUUGGCUACUUAACAAGGUUUAAUUGAUUAAAGGGGUGACAAUAUUUCCUUCUCAGCCAAUGGAAAGAUGCCAUUGGAUUCCCCUCUAACAGAGACCAAAGGCUAACAAGGAGAGCUUGAGGAUGUCCUUCCUCUCUCUCCUGGGGAAGUGAUGCCAGUCACCUUCUGUGUAUUGGAUAACACCACUCCAAUUCAUCUACAGCUACAAACAAGGUCACAUCCUCUGAUCACAGCCUCGAGGUUACUGACUGUAUAAGAGGGGGGGGCCGUUGUUGAACUGUUAGAGAUUCUUGUGUGGAGAAUCCCUGCCUCUUGUUGAUGCCAAUCAGCUCUUCAAAGAACGCCCUAUCUCUUUUUUAGAUGGCGUUACAGUGAGGUAUCCUUGGUAUCGCCAACAGGGAGGGAUUUCCCAAAUGAAGGUCCCAAACAUUGCAAGACUUGUCCACCAUAAAACCGAGCAAAACUCUGCUCAAACUUUCUUCUUCCUGACAUUCUCCUUUACCACCACUUUAAAAGUCUCCAAUUUCUUAUUGUG